AAUAGUGUGCAGGAACCUCCCGGCCCUCUCAAAAAAGAGCGCCUCCUCGUGUGUACAUUUGCAGAUCAUCUGACCACCAUCGUUCCCGUUGCAGUGGCCGCGGCUCUGAGCACCUACCUGUUGACACGCUACUUCAGUUCGCAGAGUAGCCCCAAGAGCAGGGUCAACAUGUCAAUCAACAAAGACAGCCCCAAAGUAGUGCACAGCUUCGACAUGGAGGACAUCGGCGACAAGGCCGUCUACUGCCGCUGCUGGAGGUCCAAGAAGGUGAGUGAAACCUCCUCAAUGGAUCAUGUGAUUGAGUUCAUAUUAAUAGGAUGGUGUGGUGAUUCUUUAUGCCUGCUGAAUGAUCCCGCUAGUCUGAUUGUAGCUCAUCUGUAUGAACCACUUUUAUCCAUAUAAAGAAUAAUGUAUCAGUAGUAAAUUUGAUACAUGAAUACAUAGGCCUCUAAAUUAUUAACAAGAUGAAAACAUUGCUAAAACAAAUCCUGUUAUACUCAAUCUUCUACAUGUCUUCUGUCAUCUGAUUGAUAGUUGAUACUUAUUUAGCAAGUAAAAGGUCUUAUAGUAUAAUCGUAAAAACCCCCCCUUCA